AUGUCCGACCCAAUCCCAACUCGCCCCAUUUCUAAAAUAAUAAUAGUAGGUGCCGGCCCUUCAGGCCUCCUCCUCGCCCUCCUGCUCGCCAAGCACGGCAUACCAGUGCACCCGCGCGCGGCGCACUACGGCGCACCCGCCAUCCCCGAGUUUGUGCGCGCCGGCAUGGCAGACCGCAUCCGGGAGCGGGGCAUGGUGCUCGACACCAUGUGCUGGCGCAGUUCCGACGAGGGGAACGAGUACAUGGCUGGGUUUGAUGCGGGUAGGGUCCUGAGGAGGGUUCAUGUGGAUGGGGUGGGCGAGGUGGACUUGAGGACGCAUUGCCUUGCGCUGCAGGAUCUGGAUCGGUUGAUGCUGGAUGAGGUUGUGGAGCGGUAUGGGGGCGUGGUGGAGUGGGAGCAUCGGGUUGUUGAGGUUGGGCAGGACGGGAAGGGGGCGUGGUGCGAGGUAGAGGUUGGGAAUGGGAAAGAGAGGAAGGUGGUGAGGGGGGACUAUGUGGUGGGAAGGCUUUGUUUGGGAAUGAUGUUCCCUGGGUUUACGUGGGAUGAGCAGAUUAUCGCAACGAAUACGUAUUACGACUUUGAUGGCAAGUUUGGCUGGCAGGAUGCCAAUUUUAUCAUCCACCCGGAACACUUUUUCGUGGCCGCCAGACUAACCCGUGACGGUCUCUACCGCAUCACGUACGGCGAGACGCCCGGCCUCAUCUGUGAAGAAUACCUCGCCCGCCAGCCUGGAAGUUUGAGACCAUCCUGCCCGGCCACCCGAAGCCAGACGACUACAAAAUCACCAAUUUCUCGCCCUACCGCAUGCACCAGCGGCGGGUUGGGCAUCACGGGUGGCUUUGUUGACGUCGGCGGGCUCUACGAUUGUCUGGCGGGAAUAUGGGACGGCAAGGUAGACGAGUACAUCUUGGACCUGUACUCAGAGGAGCGGACCGAAAAGCGGGUCUCGGAUAAAGAUCCUAAGACGCGAUUUGAGCGGGAUCAAUUCAUGCAGGAUUUGAUGAGGGCCGAAACGGACGACGUGUAUUUGAAGGAGUUGCUGAUGAUGCCCAUGGAAGUGAGGUAUGACUUUACUCAACACUAUAAGGAAGCUGUGAGGGAGGUGGAUUGAGAGGUGGCGGGAGGUGGGAAAUCUUGAGGCAGUGGUCAGUGAGUGUGACCUUGGGUGCUCAUAACGAUAUGUCGAGGCGGGUUUUUGGCCAAUGGAGACGGCGUUGGUGAGCCCGUGUGAGUUAUGGCUUGCAGAAACCACGAGCAAAACAGACGCUCGCACUUCACCCUCUAGGUCUGUUGUUGCGCGUGUGCUUCGAGCCGUCUGCGUCGAUGGUCACGCUGUCAUUCCUGCCUGGACUGCUCACGAUGGGUUACGUCCAAGUCAGACCUACUCACGCUGAAGAUCAAGGAAGACCGCGCGCGGUAUCAGAUCCCAAAUCGUAAACGGUAGACGCCAUAUCCGCUGAGUACCUA